AUGGAACGGAUGCUUUCAAACAGACCCCCUUCCUUAACAACGUCCGACAUCUCAGGCACCGAUUUGGGCAUAUUAUAUGAGAGCACUGAAGAUGAUAUAGAAAUCAACACUCCAACGUAUUCGCUAUCCAUGAUGGAUCCAAUUGAGGCUGCUAUGAAACCAGAAAAUAUGCUAGAACAGUUU